AUGAUAUUAGUUCGAUAAAACUUAUGUACGAAAUGUUCUGAUUUUACGUUGUUAGCUACGUACGUUGUACACGUACUCGUACGUGUACAACGCGGUGUUCCUUUUCUAAACGCAGGAAGAAAAAAAUGAGCCACGUGGAAAAUAGGAACCCAACGCGGUUCUCUCAGGGCUCGGUCGGUCGCGUCAGCCAAUCAGAAGCCGCCGUGCCGGCCUCUGAUUGGUCAGCGGACGUCGCUUCCGCGCGCGAUGGACGCGCGCACAGGCACGCGACGCACCCCCGCGCGACGCGAAUAGUUUUUAAUGGCAACGGGCAUUUGCAUGCGGACAUGAGAGCGACGCGAUGCCCUAGCGGCGCGGGUCCGCGCCCCGCGCGCGACACAGGCGAAUUUUGUUUAUUUUUUCUCGCGCCUCCAUCGCGACGUCACUUAGUCACGCGCGUCCAUGCGACAAUUACCUGGAUCCCCGCCCGUAGGAAAGCUCUCCGAAAUGACCGAGAUCGGUAUCGUGUCCGCCCACAUGAUUCACGGUGCGGUUGAGUACCAGAGGCGCGGUACACCGCACGUGCACAUGCUCAUCUCGAACAGCCAGAACGUCGUCGAGUGAUUCACGACGCCGCGAACCUCUCGGUCACGUUCUCGGCCGCGGCGGCCUAAUUUCGAAGAAACUUAGCGAAAAGGAACCCAGGGACGAGUCAUGUGGUUCUAAGCCACGGUCAACAGCACUUAGAGCACACGUUGGACGGAGGACGAUGUCAAGCCGGG